UUUUUAUUUUUUAUGUUUUUUAAAGCUUUUGCGUCACUACUAAUUUUCAAUGUCGGAACAAAACGGGAACCAAGUGAAGGGCUCCAGGGGGCUUCAGGUAGAAGGAUGCCGGAGUGGUUCGCUCGGCCUCGCUCUCUACUGUGAUCGGUUCCAUCACGUAUGGCGAACCUGCCCCCUACCCUCUCGAUAAGCCCUUCCUUCGGGGGAUCCACCCCUUCCUCUCCGGCGGCCGCCGUUAGUGGCGGUGCCGCCACCCAAGCUACCAAGGAUCGGAAAAUGGCCUCUGCAGAGCAGUUGGUUCUGGAUCUCUGUGAUCCCGAGCUAAGAGAGAAUGCCCUCCUCGAUCUCUCCAAGAAGAGAGAGAUAUUCCAAGACCUAGCACCGCUAUUGUGGAAUUCAUAUGGCACAAUAGCGGCACUGCUUCAGGAGAUAGUUUCAAUAUACCCUGCUCUUUCGCCCCCAACCCUGUCCCCUGCAGCAUCAAACCGAGUUUGCAAUGCACUUGCUCUUCUUCAGUGCGUUGCAUCACAUCCAGAUACUAGGAUUCUUUUCUUAAAUGCUCACAUACCUUUGUAUCUGUACCCUUUUUUAAAUACCACUAAUAAAACAAGGCCAUUCGAGUAUUUGAGACUUACCAGCUUGGGAGUUAUUGGUGCGCUUGUGAAGGUUGAUGAUACCGAGGUUAUCGGUUUUCUUCUUCAGACAGAAAUAAUUCCCCUGUGUCUUCGUACCAUGGAGAUGGGCAGUGAAUUGUCAAAAACAAAAAAACAAAUAUGGAUAUGGAUAUGCUGGUAUCCGAUCCGUAUUCGAUCCGAUUUCAACUCUACUUGGAUGGUUGUGGCCACCUUUAUUGUUCAAAAAAUUUUAUUGGACGAUAUUGGACUUCAAUAUAUUUGUGCUACUGCAGAGCGGUUCUUUGCCGUUGGCAGCGUUUUGGCAAAUAUGGUCGUAUCACUCGCCGAGCAACCCUCCACAAGGUUGCUAAAACAUAUAAUACGUUGUUACCUUAGGCUAUCAGACAAUCCAAGAGCAUGUGGAGCUUUGCGGACUUGCCUCCCUGAGAUGUUAAGAGAUGGAACCUUCAACAAUUGCCUUCGGGAUGACACCGCUACCCGCAGAUGGCUUCAACAGCUGCUACACAAUGUGAGUGGAGGAACCUUAGUGGCCUCUCUUCAGGCAGGAGGACUUGAUCACAUGAUGGCAAGCUAGGAUGACAGUAGAGCCUUUUGUUUUAUAACUAGGCAUGCGGAAUGUCAGUUAUAAACAUUUCAUAUUCUAGAUAUCUUGUUUAUAUGUGUUUCAGGAUUAUCUAAAGCUGCAACUUAUAUAUCAAGUAUCUUGUAUAAGUUGAUUAAAAGACUUGGUAACAACUAGUAAUCUUUGUAGAGGGGUAUCGUGAGGGGACUUGUCUUUGUAUUAUGUGCAUGCGUAGUGGAUGUUGUGAUUAAAGUUAUAAUUACUAAUCUCAAUUAUUCAAUCACUAGUUAUUAUUUACUCA